AUGCCGCCUCACGCGUCGUGGCGCGCGCCUCCGCCGCCGCGGCUCUCCUCCCGCGUGGCGCGCCGCCGCGCGGCGUCGAUCGCGCCCGCGCCGCGCGCCUUCUUCGACCGCCGCGCGCCGUCGCCGUCGUCGUCGUCGUCGUCGUUCACGCUCUUCGACCUCGAGCGCGAGAUCGCGAGCGCGCCGCCGUCGACGUCGCGCGAGGCGACGAGCGUCCUGUCCCUCCCCGACGCGGUGUGGAAAGUCACGAAAGACGUCCCGCUCUCCCUGCGCGACCGCGCGGCGUGCGUCGUCGCCGCGGAGGCGGUGCAGACGCAGUGCGACCUCGGUUUAGACGGCGCGUCGCUCGUCGUCGCGCUCGCCGUGCGCGAGGCGCUCCGAAGGAACGGAUUCGACGGACCGGGGACGCGCGUCCGAAGCGGGUACGUCUCCCGCGGCGCCAUCGCGCGCGCGCACGCGUGGCUGGAGAUCGACGGGCGCGUGCUGGACGUCUGCGACGACGGUCUCGCGCUGUGCGAGGCUGCGCGACGCGCGAAGGUGGACUACGGCGACGCGCGAGCGAUGCGAGAGGCGUUCGGCGACGACGCGUUGCUCGCGGGAGAGUAUUCGCCGAAAUCGCGCCGGCCGCUGACGGUGUUGGACGUGAAAGUCCCCGUGGGCGGAGUCUCGACGAAGACGUCCGCGGCGGGGUUGACGCUGACGCCGCCGCCGUCGAACGUCGCGGGCGCGGCGGAGGCGGUGGCGACGAAUGAAAAGUUUAGGCGCGUCCCACACACUGCUUCCCAUACGACCCCGUUCGCGUGGUGCACGCCGUUCCUUAAGAAGGACUUUGCCGGCGCCCUCUCCGUCGCUCUCUGUCGUCCAAUGAAACAUCCACGUCAUCAAAUAACUAACCAAUCACAUCACUUCCCGCCACAUCACCCACCAAUCAAACGACCCUCAGACGCGUCGUGGCGACGGCGGAGGGGUGGGGGCCGGAUGCGUGGACGAGCGAGCUGCCCGAAGACGUCGUGGACGCGUACGAGCGGAUAG